CUUCCUCGUCCUCUCUCCCUCAUCUCCUCGCUCCCGUCCUCUCUCCCUUCCCUCUCGUCUUUCUUCCCUGAACAGCCUCGCCGUUCAUAGAUUCUUACCUGUUUUACCCAGGUCUCUCCACUCAUCCGCAAUAAUGCACCCCUCACUGAGAGCGGCCGUCCGCCUGGGAUCCAUGCCAAAGCCAACACAGAGACUGGCCCAAGUCCAGCGCCAGUUCACUUCAUCUGCUGCGCGCCGGAAAGAAAUCCAGGAUGCCUACAUCCUCAGCGCUGCACGGACGCCCACUGCGAAGUUCAACGGUUCAUUCGUGAGCGUCUCCGCUCCACAGCUCGGUGCUGUGGCAAUCAAGUCGGCCAUCGAGAAGUCCAAGGUUCCUGCCGAGAAAAUUACAGAUGUCUACAUGGGCUGCGUCCUUCAGGGCUCUAUCGGACAGUCCCCUGCCAGGCAAGCAUCCAUGUUCGCCGGCCUGUCCCCAAUCGUGGAGGCCCUCACCAUCAACAAGGUCUGCGCGUCCGGCAUGAAGGCGGUCGUUCUCGCCGCCCAGAACGUUCAGCUCGGUCUUGCCGAGGCCCAGGUCGCCGGCGGAAUGGAAAACAUGUCCCGCGUGCCGUACUACUUCCCGCGCGCCAGCCAACAGGCUCCGUUUGGAAAUGCUACGAUGGAAGAUGGCCUGAUCAAGGAUGGCCUGUGGGACGUUUACAACAAGUUCCACAUGGGAGUGUGUGCCGAGAACACUGCGAAGAAAUACAACAUCACUCGACAGGACCAAGACGAAUACGCCAUCCGUUCCUACCAACGCGCCCAGGCUGCCUGGAAAGAGAACAAAUUCGCCGAUGAAAUUGCCCCCGUCACCGUCAAAAACAAAAAGGGCGAGGUCGUCAUUUCCCGCGAUGAGGGUUUCGAAGAUCUUCGCGCCGACAAGAUGGCCGCCCUCAAACCCGCUUUCGUCCGUGAUGGUACCGGCACUGUGACCGCCGGCAACGCAUCCACUCUGAAUGACGGCGCAUCCGCUCUCGUCAUCACCAACGAAGCCCUUGCCCGCGAGUACGGUUCCGGAAGCCGGGUCCUCGCUCGCAUUGUUUCAUCCGCUGAUGCUGCUAUCGAUCCCAUCGACUUCCCGGUUGCACCUGCAAAGGCUGUCCCCAUUGCCCUUGAGCGAGCCGGUCUCACCAAGGAUCAAAUCUCUAUCUGGGAGUUCAACGAGGCAUUUGCCGCCGUGAUCAAGGCCAAUGAGAAGAUUCUCGGUCUCGAAAACGCGACCGUCAAUCCUCUCGGUGGUGCCAUCUCCCUCGGCCAUGCCCUCGGCAGCUCCGGCUCACGUAUCCUGACGACUCUGCUCCACCAACUUAAACCUGGUGAAUAUGGCUGCGCUGCGAUUUGCAAUGGUGGCGGUGCUGCUACCGCCAUUAUUGUGCAGAGAGUGGAAAAGGUGCAAUGACUACGUUUUGUUUUGCAGGUAAUGAGCGGACAAUACACAAAAAGAUUUCCUUUUAACGUCUAACCCGGGUAAAAUUCUGAAUCCGCAUGUAUAUACGAUGUUUGUUUGGCGACUUGGAUAUUUUUGAUACCAGUUUAAAUACCAGCUUCUUGUUUCGCGUUCAUUUUUUGAGCCUCAUCCGCAUGUCACGCCAUUAUGUAUUGAUUUAUAGGUUAUUGUAUACUUCGCACCAAGCCAUAGUUCCAACCCCAGGUAGGAAUCCGUUUCUUACUGGGUGGUGUCCAUCAUCAACUCUAUCCUAUACAAGAUACUAACCGAGACCCCAAGGUACCAACCACCCCACUAAAAAGACAACCCCCCACGUAAACAUGUUGAAUACAAAAGAAGUAUGUUCCAUAGGAUACUCCAUACACCCGGGAGACUAUGAACCUAUGAACCUACGAGAUGAAUUUGUUGCCCCCUCCGCACCAGCACCGACCUUCGCCUUCCCGUUCCACUUGCACCAGAAUAUCCAUAUUACGUUCGCGGAGGUAAUCGAUAGUCCUGCGCUGAACGUCUGCCAUGUCCGUACCUCGGGAAGCGAUGACAUGGAUAACCCCCAAGAUAUUUUGCAUUUCCUUUUCGCCGUGGGAAUGAGUAUGAUCGUUGCAGUCACGGGCGUGGCUCGGGGUACUACCGUGCCGAUGAUGAUGAUUAUGAUGAUCGUGAUCGUGAUCGUGCUGCGGAUGGUGAUGGUGAUGAUGAUGACCAUGUCCAUGUUUCUUGUCAUGGUGUGUGUCAUCAAGCCAGAACUUAGGCACAGUGUAUCCCGCGACACCACGUAAGGUACUGAUGCCGGCAAGGGUAUCGCGGAGGUUAUACUCAACGUCCGCGGGAACAGCGAGAAGAAGAGUCUUGGCCGUGGUCUUGACGAGGGGAAUGGCGGAGACAAAGAUAAGGACGGCAAUAAUGCAGGAUGCGAUAGGAUCGAAGCCAGCCCAGCCAAAAAAGUGUACCAGGACGGUUGAGCCAACGACAGCAACGGACCCUAAUGCAUCUGCAAGAAUGUGGAGAUAGAUUCCGUGCAUAUUCUCAUGAUGAUGGUCACCGUGCGAAUGGGAGUGGCCAUGUCCGUGAUGAUGUGCGUGAUCAAAGGCCAAAAUGCCAACCAU